GAUUACCCAUUAUCACCACCAAAAAUGCAAUUUACAUGUGAUAUAUUCCAUCCGAAUAUCUAUCCUGAUGGUCGUGUUUGCAUCAGUAUAUUGCAUGCGCCUGGUGUUGAUCCAACUGGCUACGAGACAAGCGCUGAGCGUUGGUCGCCAGUUCAGUCAAUUGAAAAAAUCUUAAUUUCUGUGAUUUCGAUGCUUGCUGGUUCGUUUUCGUGUGAAGAUUUAGAGUAG